UUCUGGCACCCGCAGGGGUCCUUCGACACGACGCCCGGCGUCGAGAAGACCCUUGUGGGGUACACCGGUGGGGAACUGUUCGAGCCAGUGAACAAAUCAAAUUGUCGCGACGCGUCUCCACCAUGCACGCCAUCGACGCGACGCCAGCUCGAUGGCGUGGCGUCGUGGUCUAUUACCGCUCGUUUCAGCCAACAUGGCCGCACCCGACUCACUAGUUGAUUUAUGCACAGGUUCGAGCCGACCUAUAAGCGCAUCGGCGACCAUACCGAGGCGAUCCUGAUCGAAUUCAACGAGGAACUGACGUACGAGGACAUCCUCGAGAAGUUCUGGAGGGAGCACACGCCGGGCAUCGCGAUGCGCCAGUACCGGUCCGCUGUCUUUUAUCAUGAUGAGGCCCAGCGAGAAGCGGCGGAGACGAUGCAGGCCCAGCUGAUUGCGGACGGCAAGAAGUGGUGCCGCCACACAGCUAUUGAACCCGCGAUGCCCUUCUGGCAAGCGGAAGAGUACCAUCAAAAGUACCUGGCGAAGAUGCUCUCGAUGAACUCGAUGCUCUACGGCGAGGAGCGGAAACCGAUCCCGCCGUGA